GUUGAAUCGGCUUUCAGUCGGGAGUGGUACGAAGACGUGUGGAGGGGCGAAAUUUGACGAUAUAGCAAAGCAGUGUAAUAUCUGGCUGGCUGGCUGGCUGGCUGGUAGACGGAGCAGGGGACAACCAAAUGUGCCUCCAGGCUCUGGCCCCGGACUAUGCAACUUGACAGUUUUUGCCUUGGCGCAGGGAAAACGUUGUCAUCUAGACUUUUGCUUCAGCCAUAUGUGAAGUUCCCAAAAUCCUCGCUGUGAUAGAAUACCACCAGUUUUAUCUUAGACCCGAACCAUCUCAGCACAUAUGUUCUACCGCUGCUGGAAAUUUCAUGGAACUCGUCCCUAUUCCUAGCUGAAUUGUACCCGACAAAUUGGAAGGCAACUCUUUGGGGAUUCUGUGAACAAACCUAACAAGUUCCAAUCAAUCAAGCCUGCAACAGAGAAUUAUGGCUACUCGCCCAGGCGGAUGUCUCUUCCAGUUAGGGUACUAUUUCUACUCCAAGACCCGUGUGGGAUAUUAUAUGCACAGGAGGGAUCUAGCCAAGGCACGUCGCAAAUUUGAAGAUGGCCACUCAAAAACAGAACCUACAAAAUUUAAUGGUCUGCAGAUUUUGCCGAUCGCAAUUUUGGAAGACAACUACUCCUACCUGGUGAUGGACACGAUAAAUAAGACAGCCGUGUGUGUGGAUCCAGCGGAUGCUCAAGCUGUACAGGCAGCAAUUGAAGCUCAUUCGGUUACCCCAGUGGCGAUAUUGACCACCCAUAAGCACUGGGACCACAGCGGUGGGAAUAGCGACCUGAAGCACGUCUACCCAGAGAUGAGGGUGUACGGGGGCGCCAUGGACAACAUUCCUGCCGUCACACAUCCAGUUGCUGAUGGAGAUGUCCUGCAGUUUGGUGCUAUGAAGUUUGAGGUAAACUUUACACCGGGUCACACAGUAGGUCAUGUGAUCUUCCGUCUCGAUGGUUCGCCUUUCGGAGCCCCGGACUCCCUUUUCUCAGGAGAUCAUCUGUUUCUCUGUGGUUGUGGACGGAUGUUUGAGGGUGCACCUGGGGUGAUGUUGAGAUCACUGGAUCACCUGACAGAGCUCAAGGACGACACGCUCGUUUGGCCAGGUCAUGAGUAUGCAAUGGAUAACCUGGAAUUUGCCAUAGACCUUGAACAGAACAACCAGGCCGCUCAGCAAAAACUGGCUUGGGUUCGAGAGCAAAGAAAGGACCGAGCGUGCACAUCCCCGUCAACCAUAGAAGAAGAGAAGCAAUAUAACCCUUUCCUGAGAACAAACACAGACACAAUUUUACAGUCACUGGGUUUAGAACUGAGCAAAGAUGGAGAAACAAGCAAAGAUGCAGUCCGAGCUCAAGCCUUAGCAGAAAUUCGUCAAAGGAAAGACCAUUUCAAGUACAAACUAUAGACACAGAAACAUGGCUCCUUUUUCUGGCAACAAACUGAUCUGAUUUUUUAUAACGGUUGUGUGCCCUUUGAUAUUGGGUAUUAUUAUACUUUCUUUGAAGCACAAGGAAAGAAAAUCUAUGAUACGCAACUCCAUUGGUAAUAUUUUCUAAACCAUUUCUUACCAAGUGGCCCUUGAACAUCUGUGGUGUCUGGUAUUCAGUAUUUGUGUUGUGCGUAUUAUGCGUGAUGGAAUGUGCAAGAGAAUUUGCAGCUGUGUAGAAUCAAGUUUUGAGGAACAAUUCCUCAAUGUGGCUUCUACUCAUCCUUUCCAACCUUAUUAUGAAAUGUGUAUAGAUAGGAGAGUUGGAUGAAGGGAGGUAAUCAAUUUAUAUGGUAUAGCAAUUUUGCUGCACAGUGUUAUUUGUAAGCUACCUGUCUUUUAAACUGUGAGUUCAACACCAUGCAUUUUUUCUCAAUUUUUAAAUGUCACCAUUGUCAGUUUCAAGAGUUUGUUGUGUUUUAAGAAUAGUUAUAGUUUGGCGAUAAUAUUUGUUUAUCUACAAAACAUGAUUGACAUGUACACGAGGUCUUUCAUUUGGGAAAAUACUCAAAAACAGAUUUGGAAGUACCAUAAAUCAUCUGUAUUUUCACAGAUUUUAUUUCAAGUGUUACAAAGAUUUUUUGUGAUUUUUACUGGUAAUCUUAUAAAUAUCAGAUGAUUUUUCACCACUUUGGUAUAAUGAGUGAAAAAUUCCAUGAUAUUAAAACCAUCAUUAAAUUUGAAAAGGUGAAGAUUAGGAGUUAGCCCUUGAUCGGGUAGAUAAUAUGUGGUUCAGAUUAUGUUACAAUCCUGCAGCUGUUUUCACAGACAGUCUUAAAAAAAAGGUUUUCUCAAGGAGAAUAAACAUCUUAAAAACUGGUCUGGAUAAUCUUCAGCCUAUAUUAUCAACCAAUCAGAGCAUCUCUCAUAUGUGUCAUUGAUCUGGGUUUUUCUUUAUCCGUACAGCUUAUCGCUGUUGUGUAUUAAAGUGAGAACAAUCUCAUCAGCCUAUGUAUGUUAUUGAUGAAACCAAAGGCAAGACUUGCUAACAACUGAUGUAAAGUGAGAACAAGCCCAUCAGCGUAUGUACUUCAUUGAUGAAACUAAAGGCAAGACUUGCUAACAACUGAUGUAA